AUGGCGCUGCUGCGUGCGUUGACCAACUCGGCCAAGAACAGCUCCAGCUUUUCCUCACUCAACUUCCACCAAGCUCCGCCACUACUCGGAUUCAUAUUUGAUGGAAAUCCGACUCUUGAUCAGAUGAGACAAAUUUUGGACCUUAGCUUCAGAAACCUUCCUAACCAUCUUAAGACAUGUUUGCUCUAUCUUGCCAUGUAUCCAGAUGACCACGAGAUACACAGGGUUGAUUUGUUGAGGCAAUGGAUAGCCGAAGGUUUCGUGUGUCCAACCCCUGGGCUAGAUGCAGAGGAUGUUGCAAUAAGCUACUUCAAUGAGCUUAUUAAUAGGAGCAUGAUCCAGCCUGUGGUUACUGACAUCAAUGGAGAGUUGAGGAGCUGCAGAGUACAUGACAUAAUGCUAGAUCUCAUCAGAUCCAAGAUUGAAGAAGAAAAUUUUAUUUCUGUGCUGAAUGACCCGGAAGUUGUGUUAUGGAUGCACAGAAAUAUCCUGAGAGCUUCACUCCAGUGCUUUGGUGAAGAGUGCAGAGUGACAUCAGCAGUGGUCAAUGGGUCAUUAUCAAAAGUUCGAUCAGUCUAUGCUUUUGGAGGGUUUUCUUGCCAAUCUUUGAUGCUACUGAAAUAUGUCCGAGUUCUACAUCUAGAUAUCGGCUACGGCAGAAAUGAUAUGCUAGAUCUCACUGGUAUAUCUAGGUUGUUUCUAUUGAGACACUUACAGGUGAUUAGCAAUACGAGGAUUGAGCUACCUAGCCAAAUUGGUGAGCUACAACAAUUGGAGACACUUGAUCUACCAGUAUCAGUACCAGGACCAAAAACCGUCCCCACCAAUUUUCCAUCUGAUAUUGUUAGUUUGCCUCUGCUGUUGCAUCUCCUGGUUCAAGGAGGUACAGUUCUCCCCAACGGCAUUGGCAGAUUGAGACUUGUGCGAACUCUAUGGAGUUUUGAUAUUGGGUUGAACUCUGUGGAGAAUAUCGAGGGCCUAGGCGAGAUGACCAGCCAAAAUGAUUUUGCAGCGAAGAUGGCCGCCGAUCAACUGAAGCCACUAGUGUAUGUUUCUGUAUGUUCUUCUUGUGCAUCGAAGAACAACAACAGGGCACUCUCAUAG